GCAAUUAUACAAAGGAUGCACUUUCUGAGGGUAACCUUAUAUGGGCCGGCGUGGUCUCUAUGCGAAGCCUGCGUGGUGCCUGCCGUGGCUGUGCGUGGUCAGCCUGCGUGGUGUGGCUGCGUGGCUGCGUGGCUGCGUGGUACGCAAGCGUGGUUGGUUGCGUGGUCCAAGGUAUAUCCGUACUUAAGGAAAGAUCGUUCUUGUGGAAAUUAAAUGAUCAGUUUGGUGGUAUUGGAGC